UUUUUGUUGCCAAAUAUUCAGUGAAUCACUAUUUCAACAUUUUUUGGGAGACUUUAUCUGAAAAUGUUGCAGCUGAAUAUUACUGGUUUUAAAAUAGUGACGCACUGAAAUGUCGGCAAACUAAAAUAUUCAUCCAAAACAGCAAUAAAAACACUGAUUUACAGCAGUACAGAAAUUAGAAAGAAUAUUCUCACUUUUAAAUUUAUGUAAUGAAUGCACCAUUUCAGCCAAAAGUGAAAGUGUAUUUUUUGCAGAAUAUUUUCAGCUGCCAAAAUUCCAAUCCAUCACUAAACACUGUUUCAUUGGGACGCACUGACAUUUUGGUAGCAAAAAUAAAACAAUUUCUGUUUCAAAAUAUUUGCAUGCAUGAAAAAUAUCGGUUUUUGUUGUUGUUGAAAAAGUUUAUUAGAUUUUUAUUUUUUAUUUAGUGCUGCACAGAAAUUUUGGUGACUGAAAAUAUUCAGCCAAAACAGCAGAAAAAUUAAUUUUCCCGGUAUUUUUGAUUGCUGAACUGUCAUUGCAUCACAGUUUUGAAACGGUGCGUGAGUGUGUGCUUUGUUUAUAAUAUCAAAUAUUUGAAUGUUGAUUAAAUAAAUUUGAUAAUUUCUUUAUUUUAAAUUUAGGUUUUCCACUAAAUGAAAACUUUAUCUUCACUAUAUGUGCAUUUUGGAAAAAGAACGAUUUCAGUGCGAUCAUGUUUGUGUUUCUAACAGCAUGCACUGAAGGUUUUGACAGAAGAGCUGGAACCUGAGUUGAACCUGAGUUUGGGUUCAAAUGAACUUGUUGUUAAUGCUUCGGUUGUGUUUUGAGUAGUUCGCUGUAAGACUCUGAUGUCUGCUGAGGAACAGAUGCAGCACGUUAACCCUCUGCUCUCCGGAUCAGUCCACGCUCCUCUGCUGGAGUGUGUAACCCGAGAGCUGAUGUGGGUGGUCUGGCUCCGUUUGCCGGUCAGACGAUGUGACCUGAGACCCGUGAAGGACGAGUUUAUGAGCGCAGCAUCUCAUGAAGCACAUGCAGUGAUCAUCUGAAGCGGUGAAUAUAAACCUGGAUUCACUGAAGUGCCACAAAUCCUCGUUAAACGCUCUUCUGAAGACUCCUCUGAAUCAAGGGUCGCAGAGGCCUGAAAUCAAACAUCAGAGACACACAGAGACUUCUGAAGUCUCAGAGACUGAAAGGCAUUGUGGGAUACGCUGGAGAAACAAGAAAGAGACUUUCCUUCUCUUUUUUUAGCGCAGCUCUGCUGUCUGUGAGAAGAGAGAAGGUAAACACACACAUCUGAAGAGCUUUGAUGGAUAAUCCUGCUCUUCUCUCCGGGAGCGCAGAGGGACUCAGAGAAGACAGAAGAGGAGACGACAGGAAACAUGAGUGAAAGAGGAGAGUAAGUGAGGCUCUGCGCUGGAUUCUCCUGAGAUCUCGGUCAUGGUUUUCUGUGGAUUGCUCCGUGAUCUCCUGUGAGAGCAGUAACUCCUGCUCUUAUAUGAAUCUGCUGCAGAAGCACGACUGUUUCAGAUGUUUCUCCAGCGCCGGUGGAUGUCGUCGGACUACACUCUUAAAGUUCUGGAUAAAAGAGAAACUUCACGUGUGAUUAAUCUGAGGAAGGAAGAUGCUGAAGGAAAACCGCUUGCAUUCUCUGGGAAUAAUGGCUGUGUGUCUGCUGCUGCUGCUGAUGAUGAUGAUGAUGCUGUUUGGUUGUGUGAAGGCCUCGUCUCUGGAGAAGAGUCUCGUCUGGCCGUCCAAAGACACACAGUGUGUGCACCUGCUCAAACACCUGCAGAACGGCAUCACCGUCCAGAUGCCACCCAACAUCCAGGGCCACUGGGUGUCCACCAGCUGUGAGGUGCGUCCCGGUCCGGAGUUCCUCACUCGCUCGUACCAUUUCUUCCACAACAACACGUUUAAGGCGCUUCAGUUCUACUACGCAGACAACCACUGCUCCACACCGAGCUACAGUCUGCAGGUGCGGGGCCGUCUGCGUCUGCGCCAGCCGUCCUGGAUCGUCCGAGGCGGCACCGAGGCCGACUAUCAGAUCCACAGCAUGCAUCUGGUGUGUCACUCGGCGUCUGCGGCCCGAGAGCUCGGCUGCGCUUCGUGGCAGCCCAACAUCAGCUACGAGCUGUGGAGCGACUGCGGCUGCGCGCUGAACUUCUCCAUGCACGAGCUGCAGCUGCUGCGGCUGGAGAAGCAGUAUCUGCAUCACGGCCUGGAUCAGCUGCUGGAGGAGCUUUACCUGGGAGACAUUCACACCGAAGCGGCGCAGAGGAUGCUCUACAGACCCUCCAGCUACCAGCCUGCGCUGCAGAACGCACAGAAUCACGAUGCCAGCUGCGUCGUCUGUCGGAUCGUCUCUCGCUCAGACGAGUUUGAGCCGCCCGUUCUCCCGCCGCGGCCCGAGCUGACGGUGACCCUGAGCGGUCAGUGGGCUUCCCGCCGCUGCGAGGUCCGGCCCGAGGUCCUGUUCCUCACGAGACACUUCAUCUUCCACGACAGCAACCACACAUGGGAGGGUCACUACUAUCACUACUCUGACCCGGCCUGCAAACACCCCACCUUCAGUCUGUUCGCUCGCGGACGCUACAGCCACGGCCUGCGCUCCACACACGUCAUGGGCGGCACCGACUUUGUGUUCAAAGUGAACCACAUGCGCGUGACGCCGAUGGAUCUGGCGACCAUGACUCUGCUGAAGGUGUUCAAUGGGGACGGCUGCGGUGUCCAGGGCUCGUGGCAGGUGGGCGUGGAGCAGGACGUCACGCCGACCAAUGGCUGCGCAGCGCUGGGGCUCCGCCUCCCGCACACAGAGUACGAGCUCUUCCGAUUGGAGCGUGACGCCGGCGGACGACUGCUGCUGUUCAAUGGUCAGCGGCCCAGCGACGGCUCCAGCCCUGACCGGCCCGAGCGCCGGCCCACGUCCUAUCAGACGCCGCUGGUCCAGUGCUCUGCCGCCGGAGGUCAGAGGUCAGAGGUCAGCGCCGCGCAGCACCUCGGCAAUCUGGCAACCACAGCAGCGGCGGCUGCGGUUUGGAGUUUGUGGGUUUCUGAGGGACGUUAAAGGGUCAUGAAACCCCCAGCACCGACAGCAUCGCCAGCCCGACCUGCCACCACAAUCUGGCAACCACAGCGGCUACGGUUUGGAGUUUGGCAUUUGAGGGUUUCUGAGAGACGUGAAAACGAACAGAUGUUUCUGACCCAGAAUGCACUUGAGUUUUCCGUCAGACGGGACGGACGAAUGAAACUGCUGCACAACAUGAACUGCACUUUACGAGAACGAAGCCCGACGCUUUCGCUCCUGACAGGACUUUACAUCCUAAAACAUGCCUGCAAAUGAGAUUCAAGGAAAAAUCACCCAAAAAUAAAGAUUCUGUCAUUAUUUAUUCACAUUCUGUACAAUAAAACAGUUCAAAAUUAGUUGGUUUAAAUGUUUGAAAGAAAAUUAAGUUUGAAAUGACAGAAUUUUCAUUUCUGGGUGUUUUUUCCUUGUCUGAGUGAGAUGUGGACAUUCAUAUGAGAAGUAUUUUUAUAUGUGAGUGAGUUUGAGAUGAAGAUAUGAACAUUUUAAGGGCUACAUGGAAGGAAAGGGAAAUAUUAAAACUGUAGAUAAUCACUGCUGACUUUUAUAACUUUUGGUACUUAAAUUACAUUGAAAAAGAAAAGUCAAGGUGGAAUAAAAUAGUGCCUUAGAUUCAUCCUGAGCCCAAGUCCAAAGAUUUUUUUUCUCUCUCAAUAAAAAAACAAAAACAUUUUUCUCUUUCAAAAAAGUUCUCUUUGAAAACUAUUUUCUUUUUAAUUUUUUUUUCUCUCAUCUGAAAUUUUUUUUCUCUCAAUAAAAACAUUUUUCUGUCAUCAUAAAAGCUAUUUUGUUUCCUCGUCAAAAAAAGCUAUUUGUUUUAAUUUUUUUUCUCAUCAAAUUUUUAUUUUUUUUUUACUUUUUUUUUCCUCAUCUGAAAACAUUUUUUACUCAUUUUUCUCAUAAAAAUGUUUGUCAUCAAAAAAAUAAAAUAAAUCUCUCAUCCAAAACAUUUUUUUCUCACAAAAGCUUUUCUCAUUCAAAAAACAUUUAUAUAAAAAAAAAAAAAAAAAAAAAAAAAAUUUUUGGAGUGAGAGUAAAUCAUCUUAGGCCUUUGAAGGAUCUGAGACACUGAUUUUUCCAUCUUGAUUUUCUUUUCUUGUCGUUGCGGUUCAGGUCUUCUGUAUUUAACAGACUUCUGAUUUUAGGAAGGCUUCAGAUCAGAGAGUUUCUGACCGAUGCGGUUCAGGUCAGCGCUGACCCUUCAGCAAUUUACUGAUGCUCAUUCAGUCUCGCAGGAGUCAGCAAGUGGUCAAAUGCAAUGAAUUACGAGUUUGCAAAGCAUUUUAUCUGCAUUACAGCUGUUUGGAUCAUUUCUGUGAAACUCGCAGGACUUGAUGAAGAUCGCUCAGGAUUCACUGAAGGGUCAGCUGAUGCUUUUUAAUAAUAUGUUUAGUACUUCUAACACUGAUUUUUCAUUUCUUUUCAUUCGGUGUAAUGACGAACUACAGUGACGGUCAGUGUUUGGAGGAACAAGAGAAUAAAUGUAUUCCUGCUUUACUCUGACACUUCAGAUGCACAAAGACACUUGUUUGAGAGUUGAAGUAAUGUUUUAUAUCUUUAGAUGUUUUGUUUUGCAGUGUCUGUUGAAUUUAACACAUUUAUCAAUCACACACCGACAUCGUCCAAAAAAACUGGAUCGUACAAGUGUUUGUUAAUCAUUACAUUCUUUGGAAAAGAACAGAAUUGACAGUGCAAAAUAAAUCUAUGAAACAUGAACAUUAUUGUUUGUCUCUAAUGAUAGACACUAG